AGUAGCGGAGUUUCUUUCAUACAAAUCGGACGAGCAGGACUCAUACCCAAUUCCAGUCGACAAGUGAACAUAAAUAAAUAUGUUAAUGAGUUUAAUUUGUUUUUGAAAUAUGCGACGUGUUUGAAAUGUGCUUGAAAUUUUCGAUUAAAAAACUGAAACUAAAUAAUUUUUUUUUUUAAUAUUCGAAUUGAUAUAGCAGAGUUGAAGUGCAUUGCAAUACACUGUAAAAAAUAAAUUGAAGUUAAAUUGCAUAAUAAAACUAAAAUCGCAAUGCCAAACUGUGCGAUGCAAUUGCGAUAUAUUGUAUUAGAUGCAUAAUAGGUGUAUAAUAACAAAAAACAGUAGCAGCAAUUUCGUAAAAAGGCAACUUAGCAAUUAAAUCGGAAAAACAAAUCAAAAAAAAAAGCUAAGAGAAACAACAGAAACUUUAUUAUAGAAAAUUGGCUGAACUAAAAUGAAAAAAAUCUGCAUAUUAACAUUUGUGACUGCAGCAAUUUUGGUGUUUGGUCACUCAAAUGUUGAAGCUGAAACAACAAAUUUUCACACAACCCCCGGGCCAAAGUGGUCAGCUAAUGUAGAUACAGCAAAAGCAACAGUAACAACAACGGCAGGAACAACAACAGCAACAACAGAACGAUUUUCAAAUACGCCUUCAACGAUAACUAAUGUCGCGUACGUAGAAACCGAAACCGAAACUGAUGCAGUUGCUGCUGGUGAAGUUAAUACUAAAAGCCAAACCGAAACACCAGCAACAGCAACAGCAACAACAAUAACGGCAACAAUGACAACAGCAACAACUGCUACAACUACACCAAUAAGACCUGAUCAGCAAAGCAGAACGAUGCCAGUGCUGGCAACGGUGCCAACAUUAGCGAAAACAAAGACAACAGAAUUGAUAGUGGAAAAUACAACAAAAUCCAGCACCAGUUCAGCUGGCAGCACACGUACGGAAGUGCCAAAUCAAGUCAGUAAAAAGGGCGGAUAUGAGGUACUCACACCAACACAAAGCGAAACUGCUAAGACCCAGAAAAAUAAUAUCCGCGCAACAAUGGGGAUUAACAAGCCGGGUGCGGUGGCACAAAGUGAUUUGCACCACACAAAUGAACAGUUUGAAAUAGAAAUUGCUGGUAGCGCAGAAACAACAGAACCAAUAGAGCCAACAGCAGCAACAGCAACACCAACACCAACGCCAACAUCAGCACCACAAGUAACAGCAACAGCAACAGCAACAGCGAAUUUAAUGAUAAAUCAGCAGACAACUAGUGAAACGGAAAUGCAGACACAGCAAAGUAAUAAUAGAAAGUUGGCAGCUGUAUUAGCUGAGAAUGUUGCAGAUGCGGUGGCGAAACAGUCCCUGGAGUCGCCGGAGAUACACACCGGCACUUUAAGGACAUUGAAUAAUGAUAUACAUACUGAAGGUAAGCUUGGCAAUGGCUUGUAUCGCAUUAAACUGGCUGAAAUUGUAACUGAUGAGUUCAAUGGGCUAACAGCGACGACAACUGCUUCAGCUGAAGCUUCAGCGGCAACGACAACAGCUUCUUCAAUGGAUGCAACGACAACAAUUGGAACUGAAACUACAACUAUGGAAACAACAGUUACGCCUGAGUUUACUACUACAAGCUUUGUACAGCAACUCGAAUAUGAAGUUGAUGAAAAUACUCCCGGCGACGAAUCCAACAACAAUGACCACUACAGCAGCUAUGCAAAAAGGAAUAGAAACAAUGCUCCAAGUAAGCUAAACAUAAUCGAUUUGUUUCCAAUGAAAAUUGAGGAUUUUAAUCCAAUUAUACGUGAUUCGAAUAAAAAACUAGUAGAAGAGCGCACAGGCUACACACAGCACCAUAACUCCAUUGACAUGGAGGAACAACAACAAAAUCUGUUGCCAAAUGAAGUGGAACUGCGACAAGAAAAAACAACAUCUACUAGUCGGUCCGAUAGUGUUGACAGUGCACAACUCAAUCGAUAUGCACCGGCAUUGUUAAAUAGAGAUUCGAUAAGUGACUUUACAGGAAAAGUGUUGGCCGAAAAGGAUGGUGUUAUUACGGAAAUCGAGCAGAAGUUCCGUUUGAAUGAAUUUGUGGGAACAGAAGCCAGCGUUGCUACAGCCACUGGCACUGGUACAGCGAGAGUUGGUAACUCUACUCCAAAUCCAAAUCCAAUAGCAAAUCCUACUUCAGCUACUCAGCCACAUCUUGAACCGCAAUUUCGACCAGCUGUAUCUGUCGAGCAACUCAAUGUAAAACACGGUAAAUUCAGUUUUAACAUGAAUCACCGAAGUGGCGCUUUCGCUGGUCACGAAUUCAUUGAUCGGCGAGUUAAGAAAAGUUUUGAACUUCCAAUGCACCGAGUUGCCAGUGACGUCAUGUCAAUGCCUCACAUUGAUUUUGCCAAUACAAAAUUCAACACCGACACACACAGGCAACCAGCGACUCACGAAAGAAGUUCCAGUGCAACAAGCAGUGCGGCUGACAAAACAACAUUCAAUAUCGCAACGGGCGCACAUCCAGAAUUUUCCACAACAAAAUUUUACAAUAGCAAAGAAUUAUAUAAUGAAAUGUUGCUACACAACAAACAGAAUAAGUUGAAAGCAACAGAUGCAAAUGAGUUACCUGCAGUAGCAACAGCGAGCACUCUCAGCAACAACAAUAGCAAUGUUGGUGUUAAUAAAGCCGCCGGCGCUGGCAUCGACAUCGACAUCGUCGCUAAGAGCACUGGUCUUAAUGGCAAUAAAAGAAACAUUGGCGUAUUGACUACUAAUAAAAAUAGUGUUCGUCCAAGUAGCAGUGCUGGCAGCAGAUUUAUAGUUUCACAUAUACCAAAGUUGCAGCUUUCUAAGGAUGGGCAUCGCGCUAUUGACCAAGCAACCAUAAUCACAGCAAAUGCCGCAAGCACAACAAGCUCACCAAUUAAGAGAGUAACUUUAAAGCCCACAACGACAAUAAUCUCCACAACAAAAGCAACCCAACCCGUAACUGCAACUCGAACUAUCCAUACGGCACCAAAAAACGAACAAACAACGAUAGACAUAAAGUCUGAAAAUGUUGAUGAAGUUGAAGAGCUGACAGCCAUGAAAACGGAAGAAACAUCAGGAGCUGCUUUAUCAAUGGCAGCCGAUGUGCCAAAACUUAGAAAAUUCCAAAAGGAACUACAACGUGCCAAACUCAUGCUAAAAACAAUACGAUCAAAUAGUGGCAUAAUAACAGCACAGCCAGCAAUAGCAACAGCGAGAGCAACAACAAUGACAACAGCUCCAACAAUUAUAGCCACUAAAUUGCAGCAGUCAACAGUUGCUGCCACAAAGGCUUCAACUUUCAACCAAGCCCACUUGCCUGCAGGCUUAACAGCAAAAAAUAUUUACAAAAGCGUAAAUUUAACACAAACUGAUCAAAUUUUAAGUAAUAGUAAAGCAAAAUCAGCUACUACAACAACAGCAACAGCUACAGCAACAGCAGCAACAACAACAAGUACAGGAACAACAUUUGAUGCUGCUGUUGACAAUGUGUCUGGAAAAGUUUCUUUUGGAAAUUUGAAACUUGCUACAAACACAAAUAAGCCAAAUGCCAAAACAACGCAAGCAGCAGAUUUACCAAAACCAACUACACCAACUACACCAACUACAACAACUACUACUACUACAACAACAACUUUACCAAGUGGUAUAUUGCAUCAACAUGCAACAAAUCCAACAAAAUCAUUUGCUCCUUCAAAGCCAAUUGCUCGUCCUCGCGUACUCAGCCGCCUGCAGGAAAAAAUUAAUUCGCUGGAAUGUGAAAUACAAAAUGUGCCCCAGGAUUCACAUUUGUGGCGUGGCAAUGAAACUCAUGAAUUACUGCUGCCAAUUGUUUCAUCGGAAAAUUGCAAAGGGGAAAGCAACUGUCAACCGUUAGCCGUUUCUUGGCAGGGCGAGGCUGAAAUACAAUACGGCGACAUUCUGAUUGUGGAAAUUAAUGAUGCCCUCCUCAACGGUCGAAACACUUCGAGGGCUCAUCCAAUUCAAGUUUAUCAGGUAACGCGGUCCGGACACGAGCACUGCGAUGCAACCGAGGGUAUCCUGUUGGAUAUCACACCGCUUGUAGUGGAUGGCAGAAAACUUGUGACACUUUACGAUAAGGACCUAACCGAGGGAGUCAACUUGCUAAUUGUUGUAUCUGAACUUUGGGCUGCGAAAUGUGUCCGACUUAAGGUGACCACAAAAACGGAAAAUUGUGGUGAGAGUGCUGAUUGCUCCGGCAAAGGUGUUUGUUAUUCGAGUCCGGCAAUAGAGGAGUAUGAAUGCCAAUGCUGUAGCGGUUUUGCUGGACCACAUUGCGAGGAAAUUGAUGCAUGUACACCGAGUCCCUGCACGAAUAAUGGCAUUUGUAUUGAUUUGUCACAAGGACAUGAAGGCAAUUCGUACCAGUGUUUAUGUCCUUACGGUUACACGGGUAAAAAUUGUCAAUACGAAUCGGAUCCCUGCAACCCUGCUGAAUGCAUGAAUGGCGGCAGUUGCGCGGGCAAUUCCACCCACUUCAGAUGCGAUUGCACGCCUGGUUAUACGGGCCCAUUGUGUCAGCACAGCCUCAAUGAAUGUGAAUCAUCGCCUUGUGUACAUGGCAUUUGUGUAGAUCAGGAGGAUGGAUUCCGCUGUUUCUGUCAGCCAGGUUUCGCUGGUGAAAUUUGCAAUUUCGAAUAUAAUGAAUGCGAAUCGAAUCCAUGUCAGAAUGGCGGCGAAUGCAUUGAUCACAUUGGGAGCUACGAGUGUCGCUGCACCAAAGGAUAUACAGGCAAGCGCUGUCAAAUAAAAGUGGAUUUUUGCGCCAGCAGACCAUGUCCCGAAGGACACCGCUGCAUCGAUCACGAAAAUGAUUUUAGUUGUGAAUGCCCAGGAGGACGAAAUGGGCCAGAUUGUAACCAAAUGCCAAGAACGCAAUGCAAUGUGAAUCCUUGUACAAACGGCGGCACUUGCUGGACCAGUGGUGAAUCCUUCUAUUGUGCAUGUCGUCCAGGUUACACUGGCACAAUGUGUGAAGAUGAGUUUGUGGUUGAGACUGUCGUCAGCUCUAGUGAAUUUAUGGUGGAUGAUGCCAGCGCCAGAAAUUUUAAUGACAAAACUUUUGGUUCAUCGAGUGUACUAAAGAGCCCCAUUGAGCUGCACAAUGCUUAUUUUGCGGCAGGAGUAUUGGCUGCAGCUAUUUUUAUUGUUUUCAUUGUGGUAACAAUUUGUCAUUGCAAAGUCAAUCAAACAUACCGUAAGUUCUCUACACGCACGACCACAUUCUUGCCCAUACUCGGUUUCGGUCGACGUCCAAAAACUCAAAAUAAACUUAAUAAACAUUGGCUUAGCGGUAAAGGACUUAACAGUGGUAAUCCCUUGCGUUCGUCAUCAAAGUCACGUGGUCACCUGCCAGCAUCAAACGCCGGCAAUCAGUGUACAACGGGCAGCACAUUACUGCACAACAAUCAGCAACCAACCGGAGCAAAUACUACCAGCACAGCUGGCCAACUUCCCGAACGCCCAUUCCAACGGCACUUAGCCAUGAACCUAGAGAACGAUAUGUACUACACAGUGGACUUCACUGAAAACUCACAGCAUUCGCCGUUAAUACAAUAGACAGCAACGGAGGCAGCUGGACAGCAGCUUUAAGUCAUGAGUGAAAGUUUAUUGGUGAUAUGGAGGAAAAUCUGAGCGCAUAGAAAAACGUAAAGGUUGGUUAGUAAAAUUUACAAAUAAAUAAAAAAUAGAAAUAUUAAAUCUAUUAUAUAUAGAUAUUAAAAUAUUAUCUACAAUAAACUAUUAUUAAUUAUCAGAGACAAUUUUUGGCAAGCAAAUUGACUUACCAGUAAAUUACCAGAACUAAUUCAAAAAAUUAAGAUAAAUAAAUAAUAAAUGAAAUUUUUACUUAACUAUUUAAUUAUUAAGUGAACCGCUUAUGUGUGAACUAACAAAAGCAGAGUUGUUACUAAACUCCAGAGACAGAGUUGUUGUAGGUCGAGAGCAUUUAGAUAAGAAGUGAAAAAUUUGAAAUUACAAAAAAAUUAAAAUUAAAAUAAAAAUAAAAAUAAAAAUAAU